AUGAAAAUCACACAAUGCCUUGUCGGAGAGAAAGUUGUUCUUGUGCCAUACUUGAGAGAACAUGUCCCCAAGUAUCAUGAAUGGAUGCAAAAUUCAUAUAUUCAAGAGAUGACUGAAUCCGAACCGUUGACAUUGGACGAAGAAUAUGAAAUGCAACAAGAGUGGAGAAGAGAUGAACAAAAAUGUACUUUUAUUGUUAUUGAAAAGAGUCUAAAUCCAUAUUUUAAUUUAAUUCAACACAACAACAAUGAGAAUAGUACUCAAGAAGAGCUUUUAAAAGAUUCUGAAAGCCACUCUCUUCUCAUGAAAUUUAUAACUCAUGGAAUGUGUGGUGAUGUCAAUUUAUUUUUACAUUCUCAUUUUGAACCUGAGGAACAUCGUGCUGAAAUUGAAGUCAUGAUUGCUGAAGAAUCUGCAAGAAGAAAAGGAAUUGCAAGUGAGGCUGUUCAACUCAUGAUGGAAUUUGGUCAUUCAGAAUUACAAUUACAAAUAUUUGAAGCUAAAAUAUUAGAAACCAAUCAUGCAUCCAUUCAAUUAUUUGAAAAUCGAUUAAAAUUUAAAAGAGUGAAAUAUCAACAAGUAUUUCAAGAAUAUGUCUUUGAAUAUCAUUACAAGAAGAAGGAAAUUCCAUCAAGUCAAGUGGAUUGGAAUGACACUGUAACCACUCAUCAAGGAUUGAAUUCUCAACAGACUUUUUUAUUCAACAACGAAUUUCAUUAA